AUGUAAAAGAUCGCUCAUUUUAUUUUAAAAACUUUUGCUAUUCUUAUUGCUAAGAGCUUUCAAUACUUGUCCUUUUUAUAUUUUAAUUUACUUUUUACUGAUUUUGUUACAUAGGAUUAGGGAUAUUAGGAAUUUAUUUAGUUAAUUAAGAAUCCUUGCUAGCUUCUUUUUAUUGUUUAGGGUUAAAUAAAGGAUUUGUAAAAGAAGUUUGAUUUUUUGCUGUUAAGCUAUUUUAUCUUUAUAUUGAAGAUUAAGUAGGAGCAUUUAAGCUUGCUUUAGUAUUUGAAUUUGAUCUGUUUGAAGAAGUAGAACCUUUAUUUGAAAAGGAUGUGUUGUAUGUUGUUUAUAAUUAUGAUUAUUUAUGAAGGAUUACCUUUUGAUAAUUCUUUUUUACUUGAGGUUUUUCAGCUUAAUUUUAUGGAGCUGGCAGUGGUUUUGAAGUUUUUACUCCAAUUUUAUUAAUUGGAGGCUUUUUUAUCUAAGAAUUUUAUUCGUAAGGAGAUACUUCAGGUUUUUAAAAUUUACUUUUAGGACCUUCAUUUAUUUCUUAGAGAGCUUGCUCUGCUUUUUAAAUGA